AUGUCGAUACAAAGACCACAAUCAACCAUGGAUUUCAUUGAAAUACCAAAGAGUAGGAAAUUGAAGAAAUCAAAAUCGUUGAGCAACUUAAAGCUUUCGAGAGAUUUUGAUAAGAUACAUCAAUUACAAUCAGGGAUAUCAUCUAAUUAUGACAAGUUUCAGACUGCUGCAGACAUUAAGCAAAAAGGCUUGACUGUGAGAUCGAAGUCACUAUACGACCUCUCAAAAAGUAGACCAAAGAACAUCUCAGCUUUCCAACCAUCAUUGCAUUUGAUAAAGGAGCCACUAGUCAUUGAAAAAACAGAUUUGCAUUUAACGCCGAGGGAUAUGCCUAGUACACCGAUUUCGAAGGAUAAUUCAUCCACAUUCUCCAACGCUCAUAAGAAGAUGACUAUAGAACGAAAUAGUGCUGAGGUAUCAAUGAGACCAUCUCCACUAUCGGAAUCAAAAACAGUAAAUAAACACGAGCGACAAGAGAAUAGAUUUUUUAAGAAAGCAUCAUCAAUAAUACGCUCAAGCUUUAAAAAGAAUUGGCAUUCUCAGAAAAUUCAUACGGCAAAGGACAUGAAAUUUGAUGAUAAUAAUAAUGAACCCUUACGAAAAAUUCGGCCCCUUUCGAUUCAAUUUCAUGGGAAUAUAGAUGUUGCUAUUGAUGAGGAUGAUUUUUCUAUGAACAUCGAUUAUAUAUUUGAUAAUAUUCUGUCUCGACUUGAUUCAAAUGGCUCAACUGAGUUUGAAACUGCAAAAAAUAGGGAAACAAAUGAAUCUAACGAAGAUUAUCUAAACAUUAGCCAACCUUCCGAAGAAAGUGUACCGGAAGAGAUGAACCCAGAUUAUGUUGACACAGAUUUAAUCGAAGAAUUCGACGAUUUGGCAUACCUCAUAACAAGUCCGUCAAUUCUCACUCCACCUCCAAGAUCGGAAAGAAGACCACGUGGAAUGGAUAAAACGAUAUCUAGGAGGUAUCACCACCAUAAUAGACCUUUACUUGUAAGACUAAAAGAAGAAUGGGAAACUGUUCAUAUCGGUGAAAGCCCGGACACAAGGAAAACUAACAAAAGUGAUGCAGCAACUCCAAAGACGGUAAGGUUUGAUACAGAUAUAUACGUUGAUGAUACAUGGUCACCACUUGAAUAUGAGCGCCAUGGGACUACGAUUGCCAGAAAUAUGAAGGAAAUGGUGCGACUUAUCCAACGAGAUCAUGUCUUCAUUGACAAUAUUAAAAGAGAAAUAAAUUAUUUCAAAAUGUACGAAAUGCAAGUGCAUGAAGAUAGCAAACAGUAUACUCAAUUGCUUUCCUAG